AUGUGUCUCUUCCCGUUGUUCCGAUGUUGCAACGAUGUGGAUCAAAUCAAGCAAAGGCUGAACUUUAAUGCGAAGCGAUACGAGUGUAUGCCGAAUCCUUUGAAUAAAUGGUCGCUCGCUACGAGAACGCCAGAUCCAUACAAAGGCAACAGUACAUUGCUUUCAUUUACCGAGAGUCGAACUCGUUGUAAUUCGUUCGGAGGCGAGCUCAUAUCAAUUCACAAUGCAUUUCAGAAUGGAUUAUUGGCUCAAAUGCAAAAUGAUCGAGGUUGGCUAGGUGCUGUGAGGGACAGAACGGAUCACCCAUGGUUCUGGAUGGAUCAGACUCCGUUCGACUAUCAACGCUUUCAAUCACAAGCUGCUGGUGGUUAUUGCGCAUAUUUGGAUUCAUCAGACCAACUCUGGAAAAUCGUCGACUGUAACAGUGAAGCAAUGUAUGCGUUGUGUGCGGCUCAGCCGGUGGAUCAGACAACGCAAGCACCGACGGUUUGUCAAGCGGGUCUCUGUUGCAAAUCGGGUUGUACAAAGUACAGUGCUCAGCCUCCUUUCUACCUUGGCGCUUUUCUGGUUGGAGGACGGAAGAUUGUGGAUCACUACGAUUGUGGCUAUGGAUGUUAUCCUGGUGCUUGGCUGAUCGCUAAACCCUUCACUGUCGACGUUUUCCCAUAUUUGGUUUGCAAAAAAAGA